GGAUGCGCGCUCCCAGGAAGAGCUGCUGCGCGCGGGAUGCUUCGCAAGUCUUGGAGAGGAAGGACGCUCUCUUCGUUGGCAUCAGCGCAACUGGGAAGGGGGCUGGACCUGGGGUGCGGGGGGAUCUUAAGAGCACCCCGAACUCCAGCCGCUUUUGCGGCGAUUGACGCCCGUCUCGUCCCCUUUGGGUCAUCAGGACUGAACGCGCAGCACGCUCUUUCUUUCAAACUUGCCUUUGAGGGCGGAACAGCUGAGACCCAGCUUGCUGCGUAGUUUUGGGGGCUAUAUAGAAAUGAAACAAGCAAACAACAGGAUGAGAAAGAGGAAGAGGAGCAAGAGCAGAUGGUGCCACUGAGGAGGCAGCCUCAGGAUGGAGGGAGCCUGUGGAGGAUGCCCUGACCAGGGUCAUCAGAAGCCUGGGGCUGGCCUGCAUAUGCACAGACGCUUCAGCACAGAGAGAGCACUCCAGCUCAUGCAUGUCAUGAGCUAUACAGCCACAUGCUUCGAUGCAGCGUGAGGUGUGGAUGCAGCCAUGCUCAUGGGUUAGGUGUUUUCCCCUUUCACUCCAAUUAAUUGGCCGCCACUUGCAGGGACCAGCCGACACUCCAGGCAAUGCCACUGUGCAUCUCAUUUCCACGACUAAACAGCAGGCCUGGUGGGGCAAAGCCCAUGGCUGGGAGGCUGCCAAGUUUUCCAUUUAGGGUGGCCUCCUAAGAAUCCUGGAAAAGAGAAUAUGCUCCACUCAAGAAGUAGACAAAAGAGGAUACUGAUCCGUAUAACAUUUGCACGUGCUCAUUUAUAUGUAUAGAUGCAAACUUAGGAAUAAUGAUAAUAUCUUACUGAGAGGACGGCUCCCUGGUGGCUUUUCCAAGAGUGAACAGUCCUCUGAAACACAGUUCAGAGGGCAAUGUAGCUGUGCUACCUCUUUGCUACUGCCUCCUCUCCUUCUGCGUUACAACAUCCGUUCUGCUUCUGUCAUCCAUGCCACAGCAGGAAUCGCUGCAGUCUCCUCUGUCCACCCACCGAUGGGGAUGAGAACCACAGAGUAUGUGGAUGAACAUGCCAAUAGUUGGCCUGGGUGCAUCCCCGGGAAGCUUGCUGAAGGCCCACAGGGAGGGCCAAAGAUCAGUAGGCAUGUGCUGGGGAUACGUGUGUGGUGGCCGGUCCUUGUUGCAGUUAACCCCUUAGUAUUCUGGGUCCGACGCAGACUGGAUAAUACCUGUGGCAGAGUGAGGGGCACUGGAACUUGAGCAACAAUGAGAUAAGCCUAAGUCUGGCAAAGGGUGAACCGGCCUACCAGAAACAAGCAAUCCAUUGCAACACACAGCACAUUGGAGGAUAGACAUAUUUAUGUAGUGCAGAACCAAAGAAGGCUUUGAAGAAAAAGCAGCCUGGAUCAAAGAGUGGAAGACAGAAGUGCUGUUAGACUGAUAAUUUAUUGUUUUGCAUAGUUUACUGCAGGAUGGAUUAGAAUAUUUGUUAGUGCUUUUGCAAAUAACUUGUUAAAGCCACAUUUGAUUUUCCCCCAACUAAACUGUAAUCUGAACUUGGGAACUGGAGGACUACUGAUUAAUAAUUUUGUGUAGAACUCUGUGUAACCUGUUGUCGAAAGGCACCCAUCCUUCCUCCAUGCAAGUAGGAAUUUGAAAAGGGAAAGAAAGGAAACUUCUACAGGGAGUAACUGGCUGAUCAAGUAAGUAAAAGUGGGGGUAAACUGAGACUAUCCUCUUGGAAUUUGUAAUAGCAAAGAAUGUGAAAUUUGAGCAUUGUUGGAGAUGUACUCUGAGCUUGAGGAAACCUGUCAAAAGACCCCAGAAAAAGUCAGCUGGGCUAACAAUUCUGAAGAAGAAAAGCGUUCAAGAGGGUGGAGAGAUUCUGAAAAGUGGAAUACCAAAAGCACAGUCACAAAAACUUUCAAUGUGAAGGAAAAAUAGGAUGCAGAAUGGUUGCACAGGGACCUCUCUGAUAAGCUGAGAAUUAAAAAGGACAUACAGUAUACAGGAAAUGGAAUGAGGGACAUAGAAGCAAGGAUGGAUACAACAGAGAAUCCUGUGCCUCUCAGGAUGAUGUCAGGAUGGCUAAAGCUCAGAAUAAACUCAGGUUUGUGAGGCAUGCUUAAACUGAGAGCUUCUUUGGCCAUAAUUGGCGCAAGCAGAAAGAAAGGAAGGGAUACAGGGAAGAUAGUGAAAUAUCAACUGGUGAUGGAACUUUAUUGUUUAGUUGCAAAGUCAUGUCUGAGGUGCCAGGUGACUGUAGGUAAAUGUCUUUAUCUCCAAAAGGCAAAAAAGGUGGGGGGAAGCAAAGAAUCUGAAAUGAUAGGCCAUCAACAUGAUGCUAAUACUGUACAAUUCUAAAACAGAUGAUAAAGUAGUUGGUUUAUGAGCAUCUAGAAAAUAGUGCAUUGUGUUCUAGGACCAAGCGCAAAUACUAGGAAUAUGUUAUGCUGGAGGAGCCUAUUUUGGGGGAGUUACCAGGUUCGUAGAUUAUGGGAACAGUAUAGACAUGGUAUAUCUUGGUUUCAGCAAAGCAUAUGGCAAAGUCUCUUCUAAUAUAAUUGUUGACAAGAUGGUAAAUGUGGACUGGACAGCAGCUGACUCCACAGCCUGUUGAACAGGGACUCGCGGCCCGCAGGCCAAUUGCCGGGACGGGUCGGGCACGGGGGAGGGGUCCUGUGGCCUUCAAAGCGCUGGCGGCGCCUGGGCCGGCCUCCGGGAGCGACGCGGGAUGAGCGGCCCACCACCACCGCGGUGGUGGAAUACUUGAUGCGGCCCAGCCUCACCCAGCCUCUACUUCCAGCGGCCCCCAGGUAAGUUGAGUUUGAGACCCCUGCUGUUGAACAACCAUACCCAGUGAGCGUUCAUGAAUGUCUCUAAAGUCAAGGCCAGUGUCAAGACCAACUUCAGCACGGACAUAGUAACAGAAGUCCCAGAACUUGUUCCUCUUCUUCGUCAUUGUCAUCUGUUGUUUGCCUGCCUAUCAUUUUGGACCAGACAACAGUGGGGGUGUAAAGGUGCAGCAGCAGAUGCCAUGGGCUAGCUCCUUACUGGUUCUGCUGGUUAAGCAAACAAGUACUAGCAGUGAUAAGAAAGAUACAGAGGAGUAAUGACAGCUGGAGACAAUGUUAGUGAGAAGGUGCAUGCUCAAAGGGAAGGGCUACCAAGAAUGUCUUUCCCAAGGAUCCACAAACACCUGGAGCUGCCCUCUCUACGACACUCCAAGGGUGGUCUCAAGGGGAGCUACUCAGACCUCUUUGGCAGGGUCCAUGGCCAAGAUGUGGGUGGCCAGGGACAGGGCAGGACAGGACAAGAGCAGAGCGAUAGUGCCACCAGGACCAGAGCAAUAGAACGUCAAGGAAGACAGAGUUCAAAAGCAGGGUUUAAUGGCAAGUCCAGAUCGUACUCAUGGUAUAGGCGGAAGUCAGGAACCAGAAGAAUGCAUGAGGGAAGAACAAGGAUGUGGUCAGAGCAAGCCAAGGAUCAGGAGGACAAACAGAGGUGCAGGUGCCUUGGACAGGAUAACUGAAAGGAUACAUGGCACAGCAGGAACCAGACACAGCAAGGAUCAGGCAAGAUGCAGGAGCUAGAGCACAGCUUUCAGAAAGCCCUGUGUUACUGAGGAAACAUGGUGAGGCAGGAUACACAAAGAGGCAGGAUAAAGGGCAGGCAAGAGGCAGGCACAACAGCAAGGCAACACGGAAAGCCGGGGACCAGGAGCAGGAAUUGUUAGGCAGGGUGUAGACACAGCGGCAAACAGGCAAACCUGUGUUGCUAAGACAAAAUAGCAAGACACAGUGGGAACCAGGAGCAAGAACAGGCAGGCAGGAUGUAGUUUUGGCAACAAACAGGAGGACCUGUGCUGCUGAGGAAACACAGCAAGGCAGGAGUGGUCAGGCACAGUGCAGGCACUACAGUUAUAAGAAAACCUGUGUUGCUGAGGCUAGUUCCAGAGGGAAGAGCUUGUUCUUAUAUAGCUCUUUUCCCAGGACCUCCAGCUGGUGCUCAUCAGUUGACUGAGAGGUCCAGCAGGGCCUGAAACUGAUCCGGGAAAUACUGUGCUAGUUGUUCUGGUUCUGUCCAGCAGAGCAGCCCAGAUUUUGACAUCUUGCCUAGGCCCUGUGCCUUUAAUGUUUUUAUCAAAUGACUUUGAUGAAAGCAUGGAGGUAUGCUUAUCAAAAGCAAAUGGUUCAAAGCUGGAAAGGAUAGCUAACUUCAUAGAAAUAUUCUGGUGAAACUAGCAUUGAACUACAAUAUGUAUCAUCUGCACUGGCUACCAAUUCAAAGAGCUGGUUUGUCAUACAUUAACAGAUUAAACAGCCAAUUUUGAUAAUAUUUUCCACCCACAUGCAUUAGCCAAACCAUUAGGAUAAUUUGCUGAGUUCCUGCUGCAUAGCUACUAUCAUCUGAAACAUGGUCAGUGGUGAUGCCAGACUCCUAGAGUGUCUUCUCAAAAUAUGUCCAUGUGGCCCCUUCAGUGUUCACUUUUCACUCAAGAUUUUUUAUGUUUAGUAUGUUUUAUGAAAUGCUAUUCUUUUGUGCACCAGUCUUGUCUUUGCUAAACUGUACUUUUAAUCUUUUGUUUGUUUUGACUAGACUUUAAGUACUGCUUUACACCUCUGCAUGUUCUCAAUCACAAGCAACACCUUUUAGGAAAGUGGAAUAAAAACCCUGAAAGUAAAUAACUCCUUGAGCUGUUAAUAAGAUGCACUAAUAUAGGAAGCUGCCAUUUUUAAGUUUAGUUGUACCCCCCUGAAGUGUUGUUUGUUCAUUCAGUCAUCCAGUCAAUUGGCAUUUUCCAAUUCAUUGAGGUCUUUUCAGAUGUGCAUUACUAGUUAUUGGUCACCCUGUCAGCCAUACAGAGGCAUCUCAUCUGGGCAGUCUUCUUGAGCAUUUGGGAGCAUUUUCUUCCAUUCCAGAAAGUGGUGUGAGAUGAAUAUGCUAAUAAUCAUGCAAAACUCAAAUGUCAUUUUGAAGAGGUGAGAGAGUCAAGAAAGCAGUUUAUUUAUUUAUUUAAAGCUUUUAUAUGCCGUCCUAUUAUAUAAAAAUCUCAGGACGGCUUACAGUGUUUAAAAGAACAAUUUAAAACAUCAACAAUUUCCAAUAAAUGAACUAAAACAGAAUAAUGUAUAAAACAAUAAACAGUAAAUCACAAAACAAAACAGAGUGACUGGACAUUUAAGAGCCUUUCUCCUGGCCAGUGCCAUAAAAAGCUUGUGCACAGAUUUUGUUUGGACCAUUGUGUGUUGUUUCACAUUUUUUCACUUAUAAGGAGCUACCCUGGGACGUAAGCAUCUGUUCAACUUCCAGGUAUUGAAUGAUGAUACACUAUACCAGUUAAGAGCAGGCUGUCUCCAGUGCACAGUUUACGGACUGUGCCUAGUGCUUGGCGGCCUUGCCUGUGGCCCAUCACGGUUAUCCCUGUGUGACAUUCUCCCCAUUUAAAUCAUGCCCUUCCCCUGCCCCAUAGCCCAGCCCUGAAUGAGAGACCACCUGGGUGUUGGUAGGGCAAGGCAGUUCAGCCAUAUAGUGCCUGUACUGUGCCAACUGCGCUCAUGACUGGUGUGCUCCCAAGCCCAGUUGAAAGUGCUGGUUUUCAAGGCUUAAGCAGUAUGGCACCAAACCACUAGCUUUCACUAGCCUUUAAUACUAGUCUUCAGCCACACCGUUCUGUCCACACUAAGAUCAACAAGGGAGGCUCUUCUUAGUUGCCUACCUACCUGUGAGACAAGUGAGGUGUGUAAUGACAUGAUACGGGGCCUUUUCAGCUGUGGCCCAACAGCUUUGGAAAACGUUGCCAUCAGGGGUCUGUUGGAGAGGAGGUCCCAUCACUGCAAGCUCCUAGGAAGGCCCUGAAAGUGUCCUAUUUUAACUUGGCCAUUCCUUGGUGUGUUUACUUACUGAUUUGUUGUUGUUCUUCUUGUUAUGCUUUUGCCAUUUUUAUUCUGUUUUUAUUGCUUCUGAAGACUAGUUAUCAUUAUUAUGUGUUUUAUUGUAUACUGCCUUGGGAAGACUCUGUAUGCCCUGAAAGAUGAACAAAAUAGUUUAAACAAACAACAGGCUAAUCCAUAAAUCACUGGCACAGGGAGCUUUCCCCAGUGGGCAGCAGGGUGGGUGAAAACUGUGAAGCACACUGGGACCCCAGCAAACAGAAAGGGAGGAGAAGGGAGGAAGUGUGCGUGUAAUGGUGGAAGGAUGGGUAUGUGUGUUGUGUGAUUGUGUCUCUGUGAUUCACUAGCAUUGUGCACGAGUUCAGAUCCUGAAGGAUUCCUCUGGUGCCUGUGUGGCCCUUCACCCAAAGAGGUUACCUACUCCUGCUCUUGCAGAAUGUAACGAGAGGUGGGACAUAGCACAGAGGUUGCUCAGAUCUAAGGACUUCGUUUGGGACCAAGAAGCAUUAGAAACAAACCUCUACAACCAAGAAGAGGCUCACAGGAUGAAGCUGUGCAAGGCGCAUGAGCUCUGUCCUUUGGAUGAGUGUUACCUUGCACUUGGAGUAUGUGCGUUAGUUGCUAAGGGAAGUGAAUGUUUCUGUCUUAGAUCAAUAGAUAAGAGCAAGUUUAAGCAGUUGAAUUUAAACAUGAAUUCCCAGACAUUAUGCCUAAGAAAUAUAUGACCCCUUAAUUAGGUAACACUUCUUUUUUGUUUGCUAUCUUUAUAGGAACAAACUCAAAAAAUACUUUUGUGGCACAGAAAUGUCUGAUGCAGCGCACUCUGCAGCAGUUAACUGGUUUGACAGAUGAAAAAGUGAAGGCCUAUCUUUCUCUCCACCCCCAGGUACUGGAUGAAUUUGUGUCAGAAAGUGUAAGUGCUGAAACAGUGGAAAAAUGGCUGAGAAGGAAACACAACACAGAGAAAGCUGAUUCAACUCCCAAGCGUGGCAGUCGGUACGAGAAUCCUGAUAUGCAAGGAGUGGUAUAUGAACUGAACAGCUAUAUAGAGCAGCGGCUGGAUAUAGGAGGAAACAAUCAACUGCUCUUAUAUGAAUUGAGUAGUAUCAUUCGAAUGGCUACAAAUGCAGAUGGAUUUGCAUUGUAUUUCCUGGGUGACUGCAAUAAUAGUCUUUGUGUAUUCACACCACCAGGUGUAAAGGAUGGACAACCACAGCUUGUUCCUGUAGGACCCAUUCAGCUUGGCACUACAAUAUCUGCUCAUGUAGCCAAAUCUAGGAAAACGUUAUUGGUAGAAGAUAUUUUGGGGGACGAGCGAUUUCCCAAAGGUACUGGCCUGGAAACAGGGACUCACAUCAAGUCUGUGCUUUGUUUGCCCAUCGUUACGGCGCUUGGUGAUUUGAUUGGUAUUUUGGAGCUUUAUCGGCACUGGGGCAACGACACGUUCCACCUUGUUCAUCAAGAGGUUGCAACAGCAAAUCUUUCAUGGGCUUCAGUAGCGCUACAUCAAGUAGAGUGUUCCCAAUGUUCUGAUCAGGUAUCCAGAGGCCUUGCCAAACAGACUGAACUGAAUGACUUCCUUCUUGAUGUAUCAAAAACAUAUUUUGAUAACAUAGUUGCAAUAGAUGCUCUACUUGAAAAUAUCAUGAUAUAUGCAAAAAACCUGGUGAAUGCAGACCGCUGUGCACUCUUCCAGGUAGAUCAGAAGAACAAGGAGUUGUAUUCAGACCUAUUUGAUAUUGGGGAGGAACAGGAAGGGAAACCUGUCUUUAAGAAGACAAAAGAAAUAAGAUUUUCUAUUGACAAAGGAAUCGCUGGUCAGGUAGCAAGAACAGGUGAAGUCCUCAACAUUCCUGAUGCCUAUGCAGAUCCACGUUUUAACAGAGAGGUAGAUCUCUACACAGGCUAUACCACCAGGAACAUUUUAUGCAUGCCUAUUGUGAGCCGAGGAAGUGUAAUAGGCGUUGUACAGAUGGUGAAUAAACUAAGUGGAAGUGCCUUCUCUAAAACUGAUGAGAACAACUUUAAAAUGUUUGCAGUCUUUUGUGCUUUAGCUUUACACUGUGCUAAUAUGUACCACAGAAUUCGCCAUUCCGAGUGUAUUUACAGGGUCACUAUGGAGAAGCUUUCUUAUCACAGUGUUUGUACGGCGGAAGAAUGGAAAAACCUAAUGGACUGUAAACUUCCACCACACCUUUGCACAGAAAUUGACCUAUUCCACUUUGACAUCAGCCCUUAUGAAGAUUUCUGGCCAGCCAUUUUUGUCCAUAUGGUCCAUCAGUGUUGUGGGAUAGGCUGGAGGAGCAGAAGGCAAGAGACUAUGAACACAGAAGAUGCUAUGAUGUCAGCAAUGAGCCUUUAUAUGGAAUCUGAUAUUUUGGAGGAAGGCUUCGAACUAGAAAAACUAUGUCGUUUCACUAUGUCUGUAAAGAAGAACUACCGCCGAGUGCCCUACCACAAUUGGAAGCAUGCAGUUACAGUGGCGCAUUGCAUGUAUGCCAUUCUUCAGAAUAACCACAGGGUUUUCACAGACAUAGAACGAAGAGGUCUCCUUGUUGCAUGUUUAUGUCAUGACUUGGAUCACAGAGGUUACAGCAACAGCUAUCUUCAGAAGUUCGACCAUCCGUUGGCAGCUCUUUAUUCCACUUCAACUAUGGAACAACAUCAUUUUUCACAGACAGUAUCUAUAUUGCAGCUUGAAGGCCACAAUAUUUUCUCUAAUUUGAGCUCCAGUGAGUAUGAGCAGGUCCUAGAAAUCAUUCGCAAAGCCAUCAUUGCUACAGACCUUGCUCUGUAUUUCGGAAACCGGAAGCAGUUGGAAGAGAUGCAUCAGACACGAACACUAAACCUUAAAAACCAGGCACACAGGGAUCGUGUGAUUGGGCUGAUGAUGACAGCUUGUGACUUGUGCUCUGUGACAAAAUUGUGGCAUGUUACCAGAUUGACUGCCAGUGAUAUAUACGCAGAAUUUUGGGCAGAGGGUGAUGAAAUGAAGAAGCUAGGCAUUCAGCCUAUUCCUAUGAUGGACAGAGACAAGAAAGAUGAAGUUCCUCAGGGCCAAAUUGGGUUCUACAGUGCUGUAGCCUUGCCAUGUUACACAACCCUCACACAGAUCCUCCCUCCAACAGCGCCACUGCUUCGGGCAUGCAGGGAAAAUCUCAAACAGUGGGAAAAAGUGAUACGAGGAGAAGAAGCUUAUGGGUGGAUACCCAGCCAAACAAAUAGUACUGCAUCAGAUUCAGUUCCUGUGAAGAUUGAUGACUGAUCCAUAUUUAAACAUUUAUUGAAGAAUCCUUCCCCCUGUUUAGGCUUUUAAAAGGAUAAACACUGCAAAUGCUAACUGGGAAGACUGUGUGCAAAUUUCUUUCUUCAGUGAUACAGUGUGAACAGAGAGAGACUGCCUGACAAUUCAACUAUUUCAGAAUCUGCUAUCAAAGCAAAUGUUUGGCUUGUAAAUAGAAAAGACUGGCUUUUUCUUAUGGGCUACUUUGCUGAGGCCUUAAUUUAAAUUCCUGGGUGGGGAGGACAAAUCUUAGGGAAUGCUUUUAAAUUGUGUCUUGGUAGUGGGGGUUGCAGGGUGACAUUUCCAUGGUACUUUUAUUAUACUAUACCAGUAUACUGGCUUUAAUACCAGUUUCACUUGGGUAGUUCUUGGUUAUAAAUAGGGCAUUUCCACAUUGCUUUUGUGAAUGCUUUUGUUCAAUCCUCGUGUAAGCAGUUUGAACUCCAGCAGAAAAUCUCUGGGGCUGAAACUUACCACUGAGUUUACAGUACUUGAAUUUAACUUGCUGCAAACAGGGGGAGUUUAACUUCCAGGGAGAACACUCCAACAUUACUUUAUUAACAGCAUAGGGCAACUGCUUUAUUGCACAUGAUAGACAAGUGAAAGGAUAUAACGUAUGGUUCUUCAGUGAUUUUAUAAGCUAAAGAAUGUGUUUAUAUCUACACUGGAAAUAAUAGAAUAUUUACCUCUGGUAAGGAGAGAGAUAAGUAUCUUAUCAGGUACCUGAGGGCCUUCCUGUCAACAUUUAGUAAGAGUAACAGGCUGAAUUUAUUUGUGGCAGCAGAGAUCUCUCACACAGAUGAACCAGUCAAUUUAUAUUUCUGCAAAUAGAAAAUGCAUGCCUCCAAAACCCAACUAGUCCACAAAAACCAGGCUCCUCCUGAAAAAGUCCUGUUAGCCAGAUGUCACAGUGAUACAUUCAAAAGAAUUACCACAGAUGUUCUCACUAGCUUUUAUGUUGCUCAGCUGGUACUAUUUUGCCCUUCCCAUGGAUGCUUUCAAAUAACUGGGAACCUUUGAGAACCAGGUUAGAAACCAGGUUGCCUGCUGAGCAAGAGCAGAUUUGAAAUCCAUUGAAUACUGUGAAUAAAGGACUGUCCUGAUUUGGGCCCCAGUUCGGCACAUAAUGGCGUUACGUGAAGUGCGUGAAUACCUCUUUGCAGAAUGGAGUUAUAGACCUGGUGCAAAUAUUUUAACUUUGAUACAGUUUUAUACGUGUAUAAAUAAGCCAUGGGGUUUAAUCUUAGUACCACUGACCUCAAAAUAAGUUCUGCUGUUGACUUGAAUGGAUAUUCUUUUCCUUUCCCCCUUGGGCCAAUUCCCACAAAUCUCCCAAGUGUGCAGAGCUUACGGGGAGCGAGAUUGUACUUGCUUUGGGGCCUAGCUACAAUUCAUGUAUUGGGUGUUACCAUUUAAGAUGCAUGAAAAGGUACUGUGAGAAUACCUAUAUUCAGGAUGCUAUCUGCAAGAUGAUCUGUGAACUCUGAAAAUGACUGGUGUACCAAGAUCCAUUUUUGACAAUAGAAGUAAAUAUUGUAGUUGUCAGAAUGCUUUUUUGUUGUUGUUGCUACAAAACUUCAGAUCCGGGCUUGAUGUUUAAGUUAUUAAAGGAAUGUUAGACACAGACUUCAGUAGAACAAACAGCUCUACUUAAAAGCUUACAUACAUCGAUCCUAUUAUAGGUUUGGGGCAAAUAACUGUGUAAAAAUUAUAUUUUUAACUAUUUGACAAUGCUGACUUUUUCUUUUCUUGUUCAAUAUACCAUACUGAGUGCAUUGUUAGUACAUUGUUCAUAAUACUAUAUUGAACCCAAAAUAUUUAUUCUAUUUUAAAGACUUUUUACUGAUCAGGUUCCCAAGGAAUUUUGCCUUAUGUUUUAACUGAGCUCAUGGUAUGUAAGUGUGUACUGUCUGAUCAGAAAUGUAGUUGAAGACGUAUACAUGAGCCUUUGCUAUACAUAUAAUUUGUAGAUUUAAAUUUAUUCUCUGACAGUUGUUUUAAAGAUUCAGCUCCUUGAAAUGACUCAUUUGUUCUCAGUGCCCUAAAUGUUAUUGCCCUGUGCCCUCUAACUCUUAACUAUUCUUUUGUCCAUAUAUAGACAUUGUAAGUAUAAGUAAUACAACCAAGUAAGUAUUAAAGGAAGAACAUACAUCAAGUAUGAUCUGAUUUGGUUCAUCUGAAUAUACAGAGAGAGAGAGAAUGCAGUUGCCAUUCUCAUUAAUCCAAACAUUCCUAUACAGAAUGUCCUUUUUCUAGAUAUAUAGAUAGAGACAGUAAUGUGCAAGAAAGGAUUCCAGAUAUGGGAUGAAAAGUUGGGUAUUUAAAAUACAUAGAUGCAUUGGGUUGAUUGUGACACAGCUUGACAGUGAUGACCUUCACUUGAGAUCAGGGUUAUGAUCGUGAAAAUAGACUUUACUCUUAGUAUAUGAUGAUUGGAUGGAUAGCUAAAAUCACAUCAAGCUGCCUCCAAAGCAGCAAUGAAGAGUCCAAUUCCAACCCAUCUGGGAGCCCAGUCUGGCUUCUGGGGUUCCCCAGAUGUCUGUGCCUCCUUCCUCUAGCCCCACCCACUUUCUCAAAGCCACCAAUUGUUGGGUGGCUUCCUAGCAUUGUGCAUUUUUUCCUCAUUGUAAUAGAAUGUGGCCCCCUCCCCUAAGCUCCCCUGAAAUGGAAUUCAACCUGUGGGUUGAAAAGUGUUCGGCAGCCCUGCGCUAAGCAAUCAUCAGCUAUGCUUUAUGCAGAAUUACCAUUGGCAGUGUGAGCUAGCACUGAAUUUUCUGACUUGCAAAUUACAGUGCAAUGCAGCAUGGCUGCCUGGAACUCUCCCAACUUGGAGGACUAUAGGCUUCCUACUCGUGGUAGAAGGGGUGAGGAAGUGAAGGCCACCUCCAUGCUCCUCUCGCCCUGCAAAAGACGGUCUAAGUCAUUUGCCCCUGUUUGCGAGCAGGAAACACUGAGGCACCAACAUUAUAUUCCUCCCUUCCCCCUGCAUAGACCAUCUCCUCCAGUGCCAGCUCCAAGGUCAGUUUUCCAACCUCAGAGCUUCAGCUGAUGGAGUUCUUUCCAUGUCAGCUGUGAGAGCGGAGGGGACUUAGGUUCCCAGUUCCAUCUUCAGAGCACAUGAUCAGAGAAGGGGCUUUCAACUUUCCUAUGCCACUUUAGAUGGCAUCUACAAGUGUGAGAAUUGCCCUCUUAGGUACCCAAAUAGCUCUUCUCCCCAUACCAUCAUUUCCAAUUCCUUCUUAACAGAGUUGAAAGACAUUCCUUUUUACAAUGUAAAACGAUCUGAGAAAUAAGACAAUUCACAUUGACGGUUAUUUCAGAAGCUUGUAUCAAAUGCACACACAACCUUCUCAUGAGAUUUUGUUACAUUGUCCAAAUUGAAGCUGCACUAUGAGUAUUUGCUUGUACAACAAUCUCAUCACAUUCUGAAUUAUCUCAAUGAUUCAAAAUAAAAGAUUAAGGAAGUCACAGCUAGUAGCAAUUUAUAGAAAAAAUUAGAGGAAAAGCUAUUGUUACAUACAGUACUGAUUGAGUGACAGUACCUUUUUAACUUUUUCUUAAAGUUGAACCUAAAAGAAAAUAAAAAUGUGUUACUUUGUAGAAUAUUGUAGUAACUAGUAAAGCUGCUUUUGGCAUAGAAAUUAUGUGCAGAGGUCAUAUGGAGACAUGGAUAAAUUUUGAUCUCAGCAUACCAAAAAAUUAAAAAACAAAAGCAUGCAAGUAAAAAUACUUUUGAAACAGGUGCAGAAAUUACUUUAAAUCUUUUUUUCCUACGCCCUCUGAACAAACCUAUGUAACUGCUUGGUUUCUACUUCCAGCAACUGUGAUACCUAUUGACAUCUUGCAUCAGCUCUUCCUUUAUACAACAGAAAAAGUUUUCACUGAACUUACUGUUUGGGCACAAGAUUUUGUACCCAGAUUUCAAAUGGUCCCUCAGCUAAUAGACUUCCUUAUCCUUUGGCCAUUUUCCUCAGUACUGGUAGAUGGAAACACCUGAGGAAGAACAAUCCUAUGAUAAAUGGCCAAUUAAUUCUAGUUAUGGUGGAGGAAGAGAGGAAAGGUUGUGUACGUUCAUGGAUGGAAUCAGAAAGACCAAGUAAUAUCUGAGCAGGCUCUAAGCAUUGGACAGUUCUUUUUCUGCUGACAUAUCUUGAACUGUUGCCCUGUGAAGGAUAAAUUAGAUUAAAAUGGUUGAUAGAAAUACUUUUGAGCAUGCUAUUCUAUUCAGGUUUAAUGCAUACUGAUGUCAAACAUUUUGAUUGGUGGAAAUUGAACUGUUCUAAAUAAGUAGCUUUUCAAAAGGCAGCAGUAUUCUGCCAAAAUUAUUCCAUAUAUUUCACUAUGUGAACAGUACUCGAUACAACCUUUGGAAGAAUAGAACACUGUAAUGUUUCAAUAAGGGAACUAAUUCUAAAUGAUAUGACUCGGCUGACACAGGACAUGUACUGAGGUUGUCAGUAAUGGAAGGAUACUCUUCACAUGGACUGCCAUAACCAGGAAGGCGCCGUUGUAAUCUCUGGAAAUGUUAACACAUCUGAGUUGCUUGCUCAGUCAGUGCUAAAACCAUUUAGAAAAUGUAAUGCAUUUUUCUUGGCGAAUAUGCAGCAGGUCGACAACGAUUCAUGCUAUUCUGACUCUCUUUAGAAAGAUAAAUGAUGGUGAUGCAAUGCGUAUGGCGAGCGCCAUUCACACAUUCCCUUAAUUGUAAUUGGGAUGCUCAGAGUAUAAGAUUUAUAUUUCAAUCUAGCAGAAGCACAUCACAGUAAUUUCCUUUAAAACAUUUUGCUUUUUGACCAAAAACUGUGUUCAAUUGGAUGAGGGUAUAUUCCCUUGGUGUACACUCACAACAGCCACAAUUUAACUGGUUUGUAGAUCAAUGUAUGCCCAGGUUCUGGUAGAUUGUUCUGGGAAGAGGUAACUUCAACAAUACUCAAUCUUACUAUAUCUAAGGAAUUCUGAAGAGGGAAGGUUUUAUAUAUAUGAUGCUGAGUAAACUCUUUGUAAAAAAAGAAAUAUGCAAGUGCAAUAAUUUAAAGAGGUCUUAACUUCGCAUUUAUAAAUUAUAAAUAGUGUACAUGGUAUGUAAUUUUUUCAUGUAUUCAUUUGCGGUCUUUGUAUUUUAAACCCAAAUCUUUACUAUUAUGUCUGUAUAAUAGGAUAUCCAAUCAUUUAUUAUGGUCUAGGUAAGUUGUAAAUAAAUUUGCAAAGCCAAA